GCCGGUGUCGACGCGCGUGGAUGAAUGUUCAAGCGCAUCGCCCAGCCAGAGCAAGGCCACGCGCGCUUGGGCCAAUGGGGGCGGUUCCGUUUCCGCCUCUGCGAGAGCCGAAUUCUCCAGCCGACGCUCCUCGUCCUCGACGCCGGCUAACAGUUUAUGAGCUGGUCUCCGCUGGCCGACAGUGGUAAAUAGGAAUCAUGCCUGGCUCUCUGAGCACCGUCUGCUUUGCAUACCGUUCAUCGACAUCGCUUGCUGACCAGCGCUGACCUUGCCCUCCGACCUCGUCGUAGCCCUCUCGUCCCUGCUUCCGUUUCUCGUCCGAGCGCAGCACGUCCAGCGACAUGGCGGGAUUCAUACAAAAGGGCCUGAAGAACAUCCUCACCAAGCAUCCUAAUGACAUUGUGAUACUCUCGUCGCUCAGAACGCCCGUGACGCGCGCGAAGAAGGGUGGCUUCAAAGAUGCCCACGACCACGAAAUGCUCGCUGCCGUUCUCAAAGCCAUCCGCGAGCGACAUCCCAACCUUGACCCUGCCAAGGUAGAAGACAUACAGAUCGGCACCGUGCUGUCAGAGCUCGGAGGCUCAAAAGCAGGACGUAUGGCCGCUCUCCAUGUUGGUUGGCCCGAGACGACGACCUUCCAGACGGUGAACAGAGCUUGCUCGAGCGGACUGGCGGCGAUCACGGGGAUUGCGCACAGUAUUGCCGUCGGCCAGAUAAGCGUGGGCAUUGGAGGUGGUAUGGAGAGCAUGACGAAGAACUAUGGCUCGAGAGCUAUCCCGACAGCGCUGUGGGAGGAUCUGAGACAUUCGCCGGUCAAGGAUGCGAGGGACUGUAUCAUGAGCAUGGGUCUGACAGCGGAAAAUGUGGCGGAGAGAUAUGGCGUGAGUAGAAGAGAGCAGGACGAAUUUGCUGUGAGUAGUCACACCAAGGCUGCAAAGGCGCAAAGCGAUGGACUGUUUGCCGAGGAGAUAGUGGAGGUCAAGACAAGGUGGAGGCCCAACCCUGAGGUGCCCGAGGCCACGGAAGAGAUCACUGUCAGCAAGGACGACGGGGUCAGACCGGGAAGCAACGUGGAGAAGCUGUCGACGAUGAAGCCUGCGUUCAAGGCGGAUGGCACCGCGACCGCCGGAAACAGCAGCCAGGUCUCCGAUGGUGCAGCGGCGGCACUUAUGAUGCGCCGAAGCACUGCGCAAGAACUCGGUCUGACCAACGAGAUUAUUGGAAAGUGGGCGGGGACGACUGUUGUGGGCUGCAAGCCGGACGAGAUGGGGAUCGGCCCUGCUCUUGCAAUCCCGAAGCUGCUGGACUACACUGGGAUCCAAAAGGAGGACGUAGGUAUUUGGGAGAUUAACGAGGCGUUUGCAAGCCAGGCUGUGUACUGCGUCAGGGAAUUGGGCAUCGAUCCAGGCAAAGUUAACCCCAAGGGCGGUGCGAUUGCUCUUGGACAUCCCCUUGGAGCCACUGGUGCAAGGCAACUCGCGACACUCUUGCCAGAGCUAAAGAGGCAAGGAGAAGAGGUUGGCGUCGUCAGCAUGUGCAUUGGCACCGGUAUGGGCAUGGCCAGUUUGUUUGUGCGCGAGUGAAAAGAAAAAAGUUUUUGUCGUAAUACAUGAUACCUCCAGCAGCAUUUGCAGAGCAUUGAGAAAAAGAAUAAGGCGGCCUUCUCCAUAGAUACCUCAAUAGGAGGCAAAAAACUGAAUCUCAAAAUCCCACAACGUGCAUCGUG